AGAAUCAGUUAGACAUGUGCUAAAAGUCCAGUUGAGCACUCGAGCAUACAAGCAUCAAAAUUUCUUUAAAAUAGCUCAAACCUUAGUCAAAACAUAUUUUUCUUCUCAUAGCAAAUAUUCAGAUUGUAAACAAAUUAGCUGAAAGACUAGUGCAGUCCUGCCUUAAUAUUCCAGUAUGAUACACCGGGAGGGAUACUGAUCCAUAAUGUACUUACUACAAAAGAAGAUGUGAGAAAUUUAGGACGUCUUAAUCUGUGAAAAAUGGAGGAAAGAUAAUCCAUUAGUCUUUUUAAUCAGUUUAUUCAAUCCAAAAUUCAAUGCAUAAUAUCUAAUUGCGCUGGAGUUUCUAAAUCUUUGGAGAGUGCUCUACGGAAAUCAAUUCUAGUCAUUCGAAGAAAGAAAAAUGGAAAAUGGCAGAAAGAAAAUUUAUCAAUAAUAUUGUUCGAAAUAUCAGAUCAAAUAAUUGCUUGGAGAUGACAAUAAUUGAUUGACACUGUGCAUGAUUGCACCUUUCUUUUCUUUCAGCUAUUUAACUGUUUUAUAUGGCUAAGGGGCCAUCAAUACAGUGCGCACUUUUUGGAUUUGAUGAAUCUAUUCUGUAGUCUCUUCGACACUGAUGGAUUUACUGAAACGUUAAUUAAUGUACAUUGUCCUAGCACUGAAGAUCAAGCAUUCCGGCCCCCCAGAACGUUCAUUAGAAUUAGACUGGCCUUGGUUUGUGACUUUGAUCUCUUUCUGUCCUGUAGAUCCAACUGCAGAGGUCGUUGCUCUCUCACCAACGACGCUCAUGGCGACUAACAGAUUUGUAUGUGAAAUUUGCAACAAGGGAUUUCAGAGGGACCAGAACCUCCAAUUGCAUCGAAGAGGUCAUAACCUUCCUUGGAAGCUUAAGCAAAGAACCACAACUGAGGUGCGGAAGCGUGUCUAUAUAUGUCCCGAGCCAACCUGCGUCCACCACAACCCUGCUCGUGCAUUAGGGGAUCUUACAGGGAUCAAGAAGCAUUAUAGCCGGAAACACGGCGAGAAAAAAUGGAAAUGCGAUAAGUGCUCAAAGAAAUAUGCAGUGCAAUCUGACUGGAAGGCUCAUCAAAAAACUUGCGGCACCAGGGAAUACAAAUGUGACUGUGGAACCAUCUUCUCAAGGAGAGACAGCUUCAUCACUCACAGGGCUUUCUGCGAUGCGCUGGCAGAAGAGAACAACAAGGUGAAUCAAGGCUUGAUGAACAGCAUGGGACCAAACAUGCAAGGCCAAAUGCCCGACUUCAUGUCGUCAAUGCCCAUGAACCCCAACGCUAACACAUCCAUGGGGCUGUCCGAAUUCAACAAUUUUGACCCCAAAAACCCACUAAAGUCACUCCCUCAGGACCUCGUGCCCAUGCCGUUCAAGCCCACGAACAUGGUGGGUGGCAUGUUUUCGAGCAGUUCAGGAACUCUUUUCGGCAGUCCAAAGGGCAUAUCCUCGUCAUGCUCCGGCCUUCAGCUCAGUUCGAAUACGCCUUCAAGCUUCAACUACCUUCAAGAAGGCAAAAACGGAAGCCAACUUUCCGGAUCGCCCCACAUGUCGGCAACCGCAUUGUUGCAAAAAGCAGCCCAAAUGGGGGCAACCGCCAGUAACACCAUUAAUUCUCCCAUGAUGCAGAAGAGCUUCGUCGGCAGCAUGGCCGGUCCCGAUCAAAUUGCUGGGCCCAAAUCAUCCGCAUACUCUUCGAUGCAGCAGCAUAAUAUUAACAACAGCAAUAACGCUUCGUACGAGAACUUCGCAACUCAUCAACCAGACCAAUCAGGGUUAGCAGGGCUUCACAAUGCAGGAGGGUUUAACCCGCACCUCUUGCACAAGGGCCCAUCACAAGAAACCAAUCAUCAUCAUCAUCAGUUGUUUGAUCACUCUGGAGGUGCUGCGGCUGCUGGGACCUCAGCUAUGAACGACUUGGGAAUGUACAGCGGAAUUCUACUGGGAAGCGAUCAAAACCUGGGAUUCAUAAAGGGAAUGGAUCGCCGCGGCGGUGGAGACGAUAGCGAUAGUCCUGCAGGCCUCAUGCAGAGUAGAGGUUCGAUGAGCAGGAGUCCAGCUGCCGGGCCAACCAGAAUGCGGGGGGGAAACGGGAGCGAUGUGACGACAGUGGAUUUCUUGGGGAUUGGAGUAUCCCGGCCCCCAAAUGUGCAUGAGCAGCAACAGAGGCUGGACCAGUUGGAGGCAAUGAGCCAACAUCGGAUGCAAGUGAUGGACCCUUUUCACCAGCAACUAUCCCACGGCCAUGGGGAACCCGCUCACGUUGAAAAGCCAUUAUGGGAUGUUUGAGAAAUGCUAAUGAUCCAGAAGAGAAGAGGUACGUGUAUGGUGCAAAGUGCAAGACGAGGGUCAACCUAGAUAGCUAAUUACAACAAAGUUUGACAGUGCAAAAUUCAAAUUCAUAUACGUCAACCAAAAAAAAAAAAAUUACUCACUAGAGGAAGACAUGACUGGUAUGACUGAGAGUUUCCUGCAUGCAGGUCCCUACGUCACAGCUGUAAUGCUUGAAAUAAAGCCCAUUUAGAAAUUAAUUCAACGAUUCAAUUUCUCUACA